AGUGAUGAGAUUUAAGAAAGUUUUACUGAGUUUUUAAGCGAUUUUGCUUUCAGAUGUAACUAAAGGAUAACAAAAAAAAUAUGCUUUUGUUACUUGCUUGGUGGUUUACAUUAUAUGAUCAUAUUCGAAAUUUGUACGAGUUAAAAAAAGACAAUCAAGAAAUUAAUGAAAAGACACCAACAAAAAGUGACGAGUUUUCUUAUGAAGAUGUUUUAACAACUGAUUGUAACGCUGUUUCUCAACCUGUUUGGUCUGAUUUGAAUGAUGAGUCAAAUCAAAUAGAAAAGUUAUCCAACGAAGAGAUUGAAAGUUUACUUUCUAAAAAAAAGAAGUGCGAAUCUUUACAUCUUAAAAAUAUUAACGAUGGAAAAGCCAAAGAUAGAUCUAAAGAAGAUUUUUUUGAGGAAGUAUUAAGCGAGUUAGAAUUUUCUCCCCCGUUAGAAAGUUCAGAUGUUUCAAAUUCUGAUGUCGUGCUUUUAACUGACGCGAAUUUAAAUUAUUCAAGAGAAACAAACAUUCCGCACGCUUCAAACCAUAAUCAAGGCGAUGAAAUAGGUUUACAGACAAAAGAACUCUUUGAAAAUAAAAAAGAUAAAAUUAGCAGUGUUGGUAUAGAUUCUUUAUUUAAUGACGUCAAACCUAAUAGUCAUGAAGUUGAAAAAAAUAAAUCUAUAGGAUUCAUAAGAACCAAAAAACGUUCAGUCGUAGAGAAUAUUGAAAUUAUUGGUUCUACCGAAAUAGCUGAACAAGAAAAUGAACCAGAAACUACAUUUGACUUCGUAGAUUUUGAUGAACAUGUAAAUGAAGAAGAAAUAAGUAUUCAUUUACAGAAGCAUUCUGAAUUCAAGGUAAAAAACGAACCAAUAGGACACAUUCAUUCAAUCGUUUUAAAAGAUAAACCUAAAAGUCCAUCCAAGUUUAAGGUUUCGGUAAAACACAAACAGCCUACUGUGGUUAUUUCUCAACAUCAACCAACUAUAGAUGUUCUUCCUGAUAAAUUAUCUACAUCAUCUCCCGUAUACCAAACUAAUGAUAAUUUAUCCCCAGCCUCGCCUAUCUUCCAAAAUACUGAAAAGAUUUUGAGUAGCCAUGAUCGAGAGGUUGGUAUUAAACACCACGAGCUUAAUUCAAAAAGUACUUUAGAACAAGAGAAUGACGAAAUUGUGCAUUUAUUUGUCAACGUGAAAGGUCCGCAAGCAAAUGCUAAAUCACACGAACACGUGCCACACGAUAACGCUCAACAUGAAAAUAUGUUCCAUGAAAAUGGUGAUAAAACUUCUUUCAAUGUAAACAAAGGAAAUAGACAAAAAAUUGAAAUUGAACUUCAUUUUGGUUUGCAAGACCUUAAGACUGAUGACAACUCAUCAAAGAUAAAUGGUGUCGAAGAAAUGAAUGUCGGGAAUUAGAA